AGCAACAGCCAAUUAAAACGAAUCCAGGUGUCUCACAUUCAUGAAAAAAACAUCCAUCACCUGUCAUGUUUCAUUCUAACUCGAGGAGUUGGGGAAACAGUCUUUCGGCCACUCUCUAUCCCUCUCUCCGUGGAUCUUUGAAGAACCAGAGUGGACGGGAGGUAAUCCCCACCAUGUGAGUGGGCGGCGCGGGUACCGGAGGCGUGUUUUUCCCCCCUUUUUUUUCAUUAUUCAAAUGCCCCUGUACCUAUAAAAGGAGCGCCUGCGUGCGUCAGAUACUUUUCUCCAAUGGGUAAAGGUGACUAACAACUAGUUGUCUGUCUCUGUCGCCGGCCCGGUCGCAUCCUAUCGGCAGGGGAAGAGAUGAUGCACAACUCCGGCGGUGUCCAAAUGGCGAGGGCACUGAAGCACGCAGCACUGUGCCUGAUGCUGCUGCCCCGCUUCCUGCUUGCAGCCGUCAUGCUGUGGCUCCUGGAUUUCUUGUGUAUUAGGAAAAAAGUGCUGCUGAAAAUGGGAGAAGGACUUGACAGCUUGGACGACCCACCGGUGUGCGUCUCUGACUCUAACAAGAUGUUCACCUUGGAGUCACUCAGGGCGGUGUGGUAUGGCCAAAAAUUGGACUUUCUCAAAUCUGCUCACCUCGGACGCGCUGCGCCCAACACCGAGGUGAUGCUGGUCCAUGAGCGGAGGCAGGUCCGGAUCCUGGACUGCAUGAAAGGGAAGAGACCGCUCAUCCUCAACUUUGGCAGCUGCUCCUGACCGCCAUUCAUGACGCGUCUGGCGGCGUUUCAGCGCGUCGUGAACCAGUAUGAAGACAUUGCGGACUUUUUAGUUGUAUAUAUCGAGGAGGCGCAUCCGUCGGACGGCUGGGUAAGCUCGGACGCUCCGUACCAGAUCCCCAAGCACCGGUGCUUGGAGGACAGACUGACAGCCGCCCGGCUGAUGCUUGCAGAGGUGCCGGGCAGUAACGUGGUGAUGGAUAAUAUGGACAACUCGUCCAACGCCGCGUACGGAGCAUACUUUGAGAGACUUUACAUCGUGAGAGAUGAGAGGGUGGUGUACCAGGGGGGCAGGGGGCCAGAGGGAUAUCGGAUUUCUGAGCUUAGAAACUGGCUGGAGCAAUACAGGAACGAUCUGCUGAAUUCACAAACAGCGGUGCUCCAUGUGUAGUUUAAAGAUGCUGAACUGCCUGCUGCAUUCAUUCUGAUUAAAAUGUCCAACACAUUGCAAAAUAUUCCGAUGCUGCUACCAGAUGUUCACAUGUUUGGCAAAUGAUGUUUUUCCUGCACAAAGACAUUCAGGACUGUUUGAUAAAUAGCCUAAAGUCAUGUUGAAGCCUGUAACUAGGCUGUAGGCUGUUAUAUUGUGCGUGUAUUGACCUUAAUUGAUUACUCAUAGCGAUUGUCUUAUUUUUUUGUAUAUGCAAAACUGGAUUCAAUUAGUGAUCACUCUAUUUUUCUACGAUACAAGUGUGUGUGCGUGUGUGAUUGUAUGUGUGUGUGUUUGUGUGCAUUCAGGCUAACGUCUCGCGCCGGUGUUUCUGUGAAGUUCGGUUUUUAAAAGGCAAAGCCAGAAAACCGACACUGAUGUUUUUUGACACCGGCAGCGGGUUGAGGUUAGCAGAAUGCCUUUAUUGAUGAUCGAUUGAUGUUGAAAACGAUGUAAUGAACAAAAUGUUCCUAAUAAAUGUCAAAUCACAA